AUGGUGAGCACCAAGCAGUCCCUGCACAAAGCCACCACCUGGCAGGACUCCAGGAAGCCCCUGGCCACCAAAGCCUCUCGCAAGAGGGCGCCGCCUACAGGAGGGAUCAAAAAGCCUCACCGCUACAGGCCUGGCACCCUGGCGCUGCGCAAAAUCAGAAAGUACGAGAAGUCCACUCAGUUGCUCCAGCGCAAGCUGCCUUUCCAGGGCCUGGUGCGCGAGAUUGCCCAGGCCAUCAGCCCCAACCUGCGCUUCCAGAGUGCGGCCAUUGGCGCCCUACAUGAGGCCAGCGAGGCCUACCUGGUGCAACUCUUCAAAGACGCCAACCUGUGUGCCAUCCAUGCCAGGCGCGUCACAAUCAUGCCCAGAGACAUGCAGCUGGCCGGCGCCUCCGCAGAGAGGGUGCUUAAGAGCCCAGGCUCCUAG